AACCUGCCCUGCCCACCCAACCAUCGAGUGCAAGUGUGCAACCCAGUCACAAGACAUCACUAAAAGCUACCUGCUUCGUUUCGUGGGCAAGCUCCUCUGCUCCAGCCUCUUCCAUGGCGUCCCGUUCCGCUUUGAUCGCGCUGCUCGUCGUCGUCAGCUGCGCCGCCGCGGCCUCGGCGGCCACCUACACCGUCGGUGAGACGCAGGGGUGGAGCCUAGGCGUCGACUACAGCACCUGGGUUACUGGCAAGAACUUCUCGGUCGGAGACAAGCUAGUGUUCACCUACGCCACCGGGAACCAUGACGUGCUGGUGGUCUCCAAGAGCGACUACGAUGCCUGCAACAAAGGCAGCGCCCUGAGUACCCAAACCGACGGCCCGACCACCAUCACCCUCGACUCCGCCGGCGACCACUACUACAUCUGCGGCAUCGGCACCCACUGCAGCGGCGGCAUGAAGCUCGCCGUCAACGUCGGCUCCGGCUCCGGCUCCGGCGGCGCCCCCACCCCCUCGACGCCGUCCACACCCGGCACCCCCACAACCCCCGGCACCCCCAGCACCCCGGCCCCCGGGAACGCCGCGUCCGCACGCUACACGGCCGCGCCCGCUCUCGCCGUGGCCGCCGGCGUGCUCCUCAAGCUCGCCCUGUUCUGAUGAUCACCACCACCGCCGCCGAGACGCACGGCGCGGCCUGGCUAUUUUGCGUGGCCAGGGUAGAGGCAGUGCAGGACUAUUCUUGAGCUUUGUUUUCUGAUCAGCCGGGCAUGUACCUACUGUUGAUGCUUUGCUGUUUCGCUUGUUGUUCAUUUGCGAGUGUAGUAGUUGGUGUCUUGUAAUAAUUUCAUUGUUUUCCUCUCCAUGGAUAUAUCUGCAUGACUUUGUCCCAAUAAUGUUUGCUUUUAACACGUGUUAAAUUAACGUGCAA